CUCAAAGAACGUGUCAUGGCUCGUUCCUCAGACGACCAAGAGAUCCAUGGUAUGCGUUCUCGAAGCCAGCAUCAGAUGAAACGGACCCUCAAUUGGUUCGACCUCAUCUGGUUCGGUGUUGGAGCCGUCAUGGGUGCCGGAGUUUUUGUCCUCACCGGAGAAGCUGCUCACGGUUUAGCCGGUCCAGCAGUUCUCAUAUCCUAUCUCAUCUCUGGCACAGCCGCUCUACUCUCCGUCAUCUGCUACACUGAGUUCGCAGUCGAGCUUCCGGUGGCAGGAGGGUCGUUUGCCUAUUUGCGAGUUGAACUUGGCGAUUUUGUUGCUUAUAUUGCAGCCGGAAACAUCCUAUUUGAGUAUGUUGUAGCCGGAGCUAGCGUAGCACGAUCAUGGACUUCAUAUUUUGCGACUUUAUGCAACCAUCGGCCGAAUGACUUCCGUAUAAACAUCCCGUCUAUGGGAGAAGGUUUCGACUAUUUGGACCCGAUGGCUGUUGGGGUUUCUGUAGUCAUUUGUAUCGUUGCUUCUUUCAGUGUUAAAGGAUCAUCAAGAUUCAAUUCGAUUGCAACCAUAAUCCAUAUUGCUGUUCUUCUUUUCAUACUCAUAGCAGGAGCAACGAAGGCCGACCCAGCAAACUUUAGGCCUUUCGCGCCUUUUGGUAUUAGGGGUAUUUUGAAGGCUUCAUCGGUGCUUUUCUUCGCGUAUGUUGGGUUCGAUGGAGUUGCAACUCUCGGAGAAGAAACCAAGAAACCGGGAAGAGAUAUACCCAUCGGUCUAGUUGGAUCCAUGAUAAUCGUCAUCACGACUUAUUCGCUUCUAGCGACAGUUCUGUGCCUGAUGCAACCCUACAACCAAAUCGACGUUGAUGCACCAUUCACACUCGCUUUCGAAGUUGUGGGAAUGAACUGGGCUAAGUUUCUAGUCGGAUUAGGUGCGUUAAAGGGAAUGACUACGGUUUUGCUAGCUACCAUCAUAGCAGAAUCUCGGUAUUUCACUCACAUUGCUCGGACUCACAUGGCACCGCCCAUUCUCGCGGUGGUUCACAAGAAACUCGGAACACCGGUGAACGCCGCCAUCAUCAUGACCUCCGCAAACUGUCUCGUUGCGUUUUUCACCAGCCUCGAGGUCCUGGCGAGCCUUCUUUCGAUCGCUACCCUCUUCAUUUUCUCCUUAGUGGCGAUCGGGCUGCUAGUAAGACGAUACUACUCAACAGGAAUAACAUCCGAUCACGAUAGAAACAAACUGGUUUUGUUCUUGGUGUUAAUCGUGACAUCGGCAAUGGGGAUCGCGUUACUUUGGGCAUGGGGCGUAAACGGUUUGGGAGCAUAUCUAAUCAUGGUCGGAAUUUGGUUCAUGUCGACCUUGGGGAUCCAAGUGAUGGUUAAGCAAGCAAGGAACCCGAAGCUCUGGGGUGCACCAUUGGUUCCAUGGUUGCCAUCAUGUAGCAUCGGAUUAAACCUGUUCAUGAUGGGGUCGAUCGAUGGUGCAUCUUUUUUGAGGUUCUUGGUGUGGACUGCGAUCUUGCUUGCUUACUACUUUCUUGUGGGAUUGCAUGCUUCUUAUGAUGCAUCAAAGGAGACCAUAAAGAUGGAGGGUGAUGAUGGAGUUGAAAGAGGGAGUUCUGAAGAUAGAGUGUCAACACCUUCUGAAACAGUAGAACUAAACACAAUAACAACUAGUCGCACCUGA